CACUAAGAGUUUUUCGUCUUACCUUACGGUACAGGCCGUACCGUACCGGAAAUAGGCACCCUUUCAUCUUCGCCAAAAUAUGCUAGGCAGACAAUAUUGAUUCUUAGGCGCACCCAAGCAGCAGACGACAAAACGAUGAAACGAUUCUUUCAACCGAUACAGAAAGAUGGGUCCUUUAAGAAACCCGCGCUUUCUCCUUCAAGAAAAGGUGCGGAGAUAGCCGCAACGGCAACGGCAGGGCCAAACUCCCCCGACGCUGAUGAGAAUCAGAAGGGGGACAGCAAGAAAGACCCCACCAAGUUCCUGACUUGGAAUGCGAAUAGCUUUUUGUUACGAAUUAAGAACAAUUGGCCUGAGUUCACCAAGUUCGUGGAGACUAUUGACCCUGACGUCAUUGCCAUUCAGGAAGUCAGGAUGGCUUCAGCAGGUUCCAAGGGGGCACCAAAAAAUCCAAGAGAGAUAAAGGACGAUACAAAUCCUUCUCGUGAAGAAAAACUGAUUAUCACACGCGCUUUAUCAAGUCUACCAUUCAAAAACUAUGAUGUUUGGUGGUCUCUCUCUGAUUCAAAGUAUGCUGGAACUGCUUUGUUGGUCAAAAAUUGUUUCCAACCAAAGAAGGUGUCUUUCUCACUUGAUGGAACAGGCUCAAAGCAUGAACCAGAUGGACGUGUUAUUUUGGCUGAAUUUGAGACAUUCCAGCUAUUAAACACUUAUGUGCCGAACAAUGGAUGGAAAGAAGAGGAGUCUUCAUUCCAAAGAAGAAGAAAGUGGGACAAAAGAAUGCUAGAGUUUGUUCUGCAGGUUUCUAACAAACCUCUUAUUUGGUGUGGCGAUCUUAAUGUAAGUCAUGAAGAGAUUGAUGUCAGUCAUCCAGAUUUUUUUGCUGCUGCAAAGCAAAAUGGGUAUGUUCCGCCGAAUAAAGAGGACUUUGGGCAGCCUGGGUUUACGCUGGCUGAAAGGAGACGAUUCAGUGCCAUUUUAAAAGAAGGAAAGCUAGUGGAUGCAUAUAGAUACCUACACAAGGAUGCAGACAUGGAAUGCGGCUUCUCGUGGUCAGGAAAUCCAGUUGGGAAGUAUCGGGGUAAAAGGAUGAGAAUUGAUUAUUUUAUCGUCUCAGAGGAACUGAAAGAUAGGAUAGUUUCGUGUGAGAUGCAUGGUCGAGGGAUUGAAUUGAAAGGUUUUUAUGGAAGUGACCAUUGCCCAGUUUCCCUUGAACUAUCUGGGAUUAUCGACCCUAAUGUAAAUGGAGGCAUGGAGCAAGGUCAAAGCAGUAGCUGACUGUAUUUCAACUUUUUUUUGGAGGAUGGGGUGGGGUGGGGGUGGGGGGUGGGGGUACAGUCACCUAUCCUUAUCUGGUGUGUCACAUUGAACUCCAACUAAUUAGGAGCUACUCAACUGCUAGACCACAUUUAGCCAUUCAGGAAGGUGAACUAGUUGACAUCACUAGGGUGACUUCCCAAUGAAAUAUUGUCAAGACGAUAAGAAUCAUGCUAACCCUUGUUGCAUCUCACUGCAUUUGUUACUAAUGUCUACAAAUAACCUGAUUAUAUUUAUUGUAAUUAAUUCUGAACUCUCUUGAGGGUAACACUUACGGCCUCAAGUUAAUGUUAUUUCACAAAAUGGUCCUAUAUACUCGUUUCUCACCAUGAAGAUUGCCUCGAAAUUUG